CUGGACGGACGGACGGACAGACAGACAGGCGAUGCUCCGGUCACCCCAGCAGCCGGCGGCCCGGACGCACUGAGGAGCUCCCGGGGGACGCUGGAGCCCCGAGCGGCGGAACAAAACCGAGCACAAGCCGCGGUUUCAUUCGACGGGCGCCCCGGCGUGCGUCCGCUCCAGCUUGUUGUGGUUCCUCCUCGAACAAGAAGCAUCACCCGAUCUACCUGUCAAGUCACCACUCGGAGGAUCCCGGCGGCGGGGAAAUGUCUCUCCAGGACAAGCUGACGACCGCAGCGGCGAAGGGGAACACGGCGGACGUGGAGGAUCUUCUGCGGGCAGGAGCUCCGGUUAACGGGGUGAACAAAUUUGGACGAACCGCGGUGCAGGUGAUGAUGAUGGGCAGCUCCUCGGUGGCUCAGGCGUUGCUGGAACACGGAGCGGAUCCCAACGUCGCUGACCGCAGCACCGGAUCCACGCCGCUGCACGACGCGGCCAGGACGGGCUUUCUGGACACUGCGCGGCUGCUGGUGAAAUUCCUGGCUGACCCGCGGGCCAGGGACCACGCGAACCGUCUGCCCAUCGAUUUGGCUGCACAGAACGGACAUAGGGAUGUCGUUGCUUUCUUGGAGACUCUGUAGAAACGACAACAGACACAAACCGGGCUGUGAUGUGUUUUAUUUCCUGCUGCUGCUGGUUCUGAGCGGAGACGCGCGGCCUGGAGAGGAGAGGCCUGCAGCCGAAAUUACGCAUUACGGCAAUUUGAUGUGAAAUAUCUUUUUAUUUAUUUGACUGUCGUUUGCUGAAUACUUAACAUUAUUUUAUUCUUAACGAAAUCAGGGUUGUGGGUGGGCACAGGGCCGCUGGGAUGAGAGAUAACACACAUAUCCUGCAACGCUCAAUCUGCUACACAGUGUUUUUGCUGCAGUUUUAACUCCUAAUAAUCACGGUGCAGUGCACGGUAAGGAUUGUUUUGUUUUUUUUUUAAAUUCCCAUUCAUGUCUAAUAUUUAACCAAAAAAAACUAAAAGCAAUCAAAUGUUUUGCACAUUUGAACAUUAGAUGUUUAACUGAUGCACUGUUCUUUUUCCUGUUUGUACAAAUAUUAUGCAGAUCUCGGAUGUUAUGCACUUUAAUAAACUUUCAUUUCAGAGA